CUCUGCAUCAACAUGACCAAUGAGAAGAUGCAUCACUACAUCAAUGAAGUGCUUUUCCUCCAAGAGCAAACAGAAUGUGUACAAGAGGGGGUUGCCAUGGAAACAGCAUAUUCUCUUGGUAACCAGGCUGGAGUUCUGGAUUUCUUUUUCCAGAAGCCUUCAGGAUUCCUCUCUCUAUUGGAUGAAGAAAGUCAAAUGAUUUGGUCAGCAGAAUCAAACCUACCCAAAAAGUUGCAGAAUCUCCUGGAGUCAUCAAACACCAAUGCCGUGUACUCCCCCGUGAAGGACGGAAAUGGGAACGUCACCCUGAAGGGUCGAGGCAUGGCAUUCACUGUCAUGCACUAUGCAGGGCGGGUAAUGUAUGAAAUUGUUGGAGCAAUUGAAAAAAAUAAAGAUUCCCUUUCACAGAAUCUUCUAUUGGUCAUGAAAACUAGUGAAAAUGUCGUGAUCAAUCAUUUGUUCCAGUCAAAAUUGUCACCAACAGGAGCCCUCAUAUCUUCCCAUCCUUCCUUUAAAUUCCGACGACAUAAAUCCACUCUGCUCAGUAAGAAAAUGACAGCUUCUUCAAUUAUUGGAGAAAACAAGAAUUAUCUAGAACUUAGUAAGUUAUUAAAAAAGAAAGGAACAUCUACAUUCCUUCAGAGGCUGGAAAGAGGAGAUCCAGUCACCAGGGCAUCAGAACUCAGGAAAUCGCUGGUGGAAAUUAUCGGGAAGCUCCAGAGGUGCAGCCCACACCUGGUGCACUGCAUCAAGCCCAAUAACUCCCAGCUGCCAGAUGCCUUCGACCACUUCUACGUGUCUGCUCAGCUGCAGUACAUCGGGGUCCUGGACACGGUGAAGGUCUUCCGAUGCGGGUACCCUGUGCGCCUGCCCUUCUCUGACUUCCUGGAGAGAUACAAGCCAUUGGCUGAUGUACUCCUGGGUGAGAAGAAGGAUGGGUCUGCUGAAGAGAGAUGUCGGCUUGUUCUCCAGCACUGUAAAUUACAAGGCUGGCAGAUGGGAGUCCACAAAGUGUUUCUGAAGUACUGGCACCCGGACCAGCUCCAUGAUCUGUGUCUUCAGCUGCAGCACAGGAUUGUAACCUGCCAGAAAGUUAUAAGAGGGUUUCUGGCACGCCAGCACUUGCUUCGGAAAAUGAGCAUCAAGCAGCAAGAGGUCACGUCCAUCAAGAGCUUUCUGCAGAACACAGAGGACAUGGCGCUGAAAACCUAUGAUGCCCUGGUCAUUCAGAAUGCUUCUGACAUUGCCAGGGAAAAUGACCGGCUCCGGAAGGAAAUGCACGCCAUCUACCACGGGGAGAAGGCUGAGGCCAGGAGCAAGCAAGACGAAGGAACCAAAAGAGCUGAAGACCAGGCUGGGCCCCGGCAUGUCCACUCCAGCUCUGGCCCAGUUCCCAUGGCGAUGGACAACCUGGCCCAGGCUCUUGCUGGACCUUCCUUCAGGUCUCCAUCACUACACUCAGUGUCCAGCAUGGAUGACAGCAGUGCCCUCCCAUCACCAAGGAAACAGCCUCCACCCAAGCCAAAGAGGGACCCCAACACCCGGCUGAGUGCCUCCUACGAGGCCGUGAGCGCCUGCCUCUCUGCUGCCAAAGACACAGCCAGCGAAGCUCUGACGCGGCCCAGACCCCACAGCGACGACUACAGCACCAUGAAAAAGAUUCCCCCUCGGAAGCCAAAGAGGAGCCCGAACACGAAGCUCAGCGGCUCCUACGAGGAGAUCUGGGGUCCGAGGCCCCCGGGCGCGCGCCAGGCCCCGGGGACACCAAGUGCGCAGCGGGCGGGUCCAGCGGACACGGCUCCUCAGUGCACUCCGCAGCUGCCGCUGCGCCUGCCUCUGCCCCAAGAGGACGAGGACGACGACACCGACGAGCCCGUGUACAUCGAGAUGGUGGGGAACGCGGCUGGGGCGGGCGGGCCUGGGGCCGACAGCCAGGACCAGGGCGAGUCCGUGUACGAGGAGAUGAAGUACUUCUUGCCCGAAGAGGGCUGCGGCCUGGGGAUGGCCUCCUUCCUGGCCUCCUCGCCUCCGCUGUUCUUGGAGACCCGGAAAGCUAUCGCCUUGGAGGCUGUGGAGGGGAGCUGCCAGCCCCUUAGGGACACUUGUGACAUCCCGCCCCCGUUCCCCAAUCUGCUGCCUCACCGGCCCCCGCUGCUGGUCUUCCCCCCGACCCCGGUGACCUGCUCCCCGGCCUCCGACGAGUCGCCCCUGACGCCCCUGGAGGUGAAGAGGCUGCCCGUCCUGGAGACCAACCUCAAGUACCCGGUCCAGUCAGAAGGAUCCAGCCCCUUGUCGCCGCAGUAUUGCAAAACGCAGAAGGGGGACAGCGACAGGCCAGCAUCCCCAGGCCUGUCCGGCAGGGCCUCGCCACCCAUGUCGCCGCCACCGCCCCCCGGGCCGCCCCCCGCGCCCGGCAGGCCGCCCUCGCACUUCCCCUUCCCGCCCGCCAGCGACGCGCCCCGGGUGCUGCCCAAGCCCAGCCAGGCGCCGCAGUCCCCCGCCAGGGCCAGGGCCACCAGGCCCGAGCACAGGAGGGGCCCCGCCGCCUCCCCGCCCGGGCCCUACAGUCCCCCGCACGCCCGGCCGCCAUCCAGCCCCCUGGACGAGCUGGCCAGCCUCUUCAGCUCGGGCCGGAGCUUGCUGCGCAGCUCUGCAGCCGGCCGCAAGAUCAGGGAGGCCACGGGUUUUGAAACUAACAUGAACCUCUCUAGCAAGGAAGAUCCUAUGAUAUCAGAAAUUGCUUCAGAGACACAAGACCGAAAUGCAAAUCACCACGGAACGCAGUUGUCUAACUCCCUGUGCGGGGCUUUUGCUGCUGAGAAUGGGAAUUCCGUCUCCAAUGGUCUACCUGAUGAUGACGGGUAUUCACGACUGUGUGGGAGUGGCAUGGCAGCUGCAUCAUUUCAGAGGCACCGGGAGAGUCACACAACUCAGGUAAUCCACCAGCUGAGGCUCUCAGAGAAUGAAAGUGUGGCUCUGCAGGAGCUCCUGGACUGGAGGCGGAAGCUGUGUGAAGAAAGAGAAGACUGGCAACACAUCCUGCAACACACAGAGCCCCGCGCACCCCCACCUCCUCCCUGCAGGAAACCCGCACUCCUGAAGAAGCCAGAAGGAGCCUCCUGCAGCAGGCUGCCUUCCGAGCUCUGGGACAGCACCAUCUGA